AUGCUAGCACCGCUGGCCACCGCAAGUUCAGCGUCCGACAGGCACCUUGGUGCGGUUCAUCUCGCGAUCGCCCCUGUGGUACCUUGCGCCGAUAGCGGGCCGUGUCCGAGCCCUGUCCGAGUACGGCCGGGGCCGUUCUUCCGCCCAAGCCAACUUCGAGGAUCCCGAGUGCUGCACAUCUACAUCGACGCGGAUGCCUGCCCGGUCAAGCAAGAGGUCUACCGCGUCGCCAGCCGCCACCAGCUGCAGGUCACCCUGGUCAGCAACUCUUGGUUGCGGGUCCCCUACGAGCCUUGGAUUACCCUCGAAGUGGUCGCCGCCGGGCUCGACGCAGCCGACGAUUGGAUCGCCGAAGCCGUGCAACCGCUCGACAUCGUGAUCACCGGCGACAUCCCGCUCGCGGACCGCUGCCUGAAAGCCGGCGCGCGGGUGCUCGGCACCACCGGCAAGCCCUUCACCGAAGACAGCAUCGGCCAGGCCCUCGCCACCCGCGACCUGCUCGCCGACCUGCGCGACGCCGGCGAGAUGCUCGGCGGCCCGGCACCACAGAACAAGGGCGAUCGCUCGCGCUUCCUGCAGCAGCUCGACGAAAUGGUGCACGCCAUCAAACGGCAGCAGCCUGCGAAACCGGCUGGCUAA